AUUCGGCGAAAAACUAAUCAUAAUCAUAAUGGCAACUUAGGAGUUUGUGUUUCUGAUGUGACAGUGACAAUACAAUUGGAAUUUACCUAUAAUAAUUAUAAUUUACAGUAAAACCUUUAAAUACUAUUUAUUCAAGUCAUUAACGUGUGAUGAGUUAAAAAAAAAUUAUGCCUAAUAACAGGAAACGUUACACUUUAGUUUUUAUUUGUAAAAUCAAAACCCGCCACUGCACUGUUUCAAGAUUAUAAUUUAUAUUUAAUAUUAACUAUGUCUGCGUUUUUUAGUGAUGAGUUAAAAUAACGAGCCAAUUGUAAUCUAAUAUUUUUGCAAAGUCAAAACUGUCUGUCUGUAUAUUAAGAACUAAAACGUUAUAAAUUUAUAUUAUAUAAUAAACUAAGUAUUUAGUACGGCGUAUCAUAAAGAAACGCUCAAUUAAAACUAAAGAAAAUAGGUGUCGUGACAUCAGUCAGUUUUAAAUAAAAUGAUAUCAAAGACUUUCGAGAGUAUUUAUUUAAAUGUUAAAUAAAAAAAUAAUCGAAAUUAUUUUUGAAAUAUGAUUCCUAGCAAAAUCAAUAAAAAAAAUAUGCGCAAUGAACGAAGUAAACAACAUUGCUAUCUAGUAUUAAUGUUAUUUAAUAUUUAUGCAGUAGCUAUAACUAAUUGUUACUUGUUAGAAACGCCAAGUCUAAGUAGCAGGAUUGCAAUACAAUUGGGUUUAAAUUAUGCCUUCUUGAAUUGGGUAAUUAAAAUUAAAAAAGAAACUUUCAAACAACUGCUUUCAGCUGUCAAACCAUUGUCAAAUAUAAUUUUGACACUUAUAAAAAAUAUGUAUUAUGUGUUCUGCUUGUAAUACCAUGUCAGAUAUGAAAAAGAAUCUAUUUUUGUAAUAGAGUAGCUUUAAUAGUAAACAGACAAGUUUUUACUCUUCAUUUUCUAACAUGCUUUGUUUCACUCAGCUAUGAAUUACUCUGGAUUAAUAAUAUAGAAUUCAAAGCAUGAUAGAAUGUUCUGCGCAUCUGAUAUUUCAAACUAAUGACAUUAUUUUAAACAGAAAGACGUUAAAAUAAGAAUAACAAACAAAUUAUUGGAUAGAUUCAUUGGCCAGGAUUUAUUAACUAUACAAAAUGGGAGAACAAAUAGAAGAGCAAAUGAAUGAAGCCGAUAUGAAUAAUUCCGAAGCGACAUUUGACAAUUUUACGAUUCUCAAAGAGUUUAGCAAUAUAGCUAAUCUCGUCAAAAAUGAAGAUUUUUUAGAAACAGUACCUAAAGCUAAAUUAAGAAGAGUUAAAUGGGUGCCCAUGUUUAAUUGCUUAAAACAGGGCAUUCUUGACGAGAUGGUGCAAGAAAUAAGUAGUAUGUGGGAAUUUGAAAAUAUGCCAGAGAAAUUAGAAAUACUAGAAAAACAAAAGGAGAAAUUUUCAGAGAUAAAUACUGAAAAUAAUGUUUGGCGACCACAACAUAAUGAUGUUAAAAGUCAGCUGAGGGCUUCUGAUGUUGCAAAUUUACGAAAACAGAAAACUCUGUUAGAAACUUUAGCCAAAGAAUAUGAAACAAGAGCUGCAAGACUUAAAAAAUCUGUGACGGCCAAAAGAGGCUACCUCAAAGCUUUACAAAUGGAUAUUCAAAAAUAUCAAAAGAAAAAUGAAGAUAUUGUAGCUAACAUACAUAAUAAAAUCUCAAAUCAUGGAAAGCUUGCUGAAAUAAUGCUUCCAAAUAUGAUCAGGGUCGAUGAAAUUAACUGGUCGGAAAAAGUAUCGGAAUUAAAUUAAUAAACUGAUAAUACACUUGAAUAUUGAAUAAAAUUUAUAUUUCAGAAAAUUGUACACAUCAGAGAAAGUACAACAAAACUAUAAUCUAAAAAAAAAACUCAAUUUACUCUGAAACUAUGUUUUACAUAUGAAAAUAGAGAAGAAUAUAGUAAGACAUAAAGUGAUCACAAUCUAUCUCGCAAUGUCAAUGAACUAGCAAAAUAUUUAAUCAAACAAGCAGUACAAAGUAUCAAUUACAAUGAUAAAGUGAAAACUAUUCUAAAAUCUGAAAGUGAUAUGAAAAAAAAAUUAUGUAUUGUUAGAUAUAAUAUAUAUUUAAAUCAAUUACAGAAAAUUGUAUUUACCUGCAAAUAAUAAAAAAAAACAUCCGUGACCUCAUAUUAAUAUGAAAGUAAAAUAAACCUCUUAAUUUUAUAUAGUAAUAUUUAUUAAUGAAUAUUAUUUGACAUUGUUAACAUAGCUAAAAAAUAAAAUUGUACAAUGCAAUAUCUGCAUAUAAUUUUUUAAUAUUUUAUAUAAUUAUAUUAAAGCAAUUGCACUAUUGUUGCGAGGACUACACUGAUUCUACCGCCAUUAAAGUUAUUACAAACGAGACUUAACAUAAUUUGUGAAGUUAAAGCCUCAAUAGGGAGAUCAUGCAAUCUGCCAAAAUUUUGAAAACAUCUACUUAUUCAUUACUUUAAUACUGUGUGCAAAAUAAAAAAAAUAAUAAUUUCACUGGGACUUCUGAUUCACUCCCUUAUAUUUUCAAUGGGUCCAGUACUUAUACUGAAAGCACAUGCCAGUGCCACCCGGUAUAUCUUAGCAUGUCUUAGGCCAGAUUUAAGCGGGUCGCAAUAAAUAAUGUAAGCUAAAACAAAAAACCCAAGAUAUCAACGUUACAGACGAAUUUAGUUUUUUUAAAACGACAUCGCCAAUUGACCGAGUGAACAACAAUAAUUUUUCAAAUUAACCAAUUCUCGUCACUUACAUCCAAUACCUAUAUAUAAAUUUAAAUUUAUAGGCACAUUUAGUUAUAGAAUAAACAAAGCAACGGUGCUUCCGAUCCACUACAACACAAUUGUUAGUGAUUUGCCCCGAUGCCCGCCAUCAUAAAGAUUCCAUCAAUCAACUUCAUUACAUAACAAAAAAAAAAAAACAAUUUUUCUAAAUAUAAUAUCAAUGUCCAUAACACGAGGCAAUC